AUGCCAGAAUCCAAAGCAGAAAAACCUUGUAUUUUUCGAGUGGGUUACGCGUUACCCACAAGAAAAACCGAUGCAUUCAUGGUGGAACCAUUCAUCACAUACGCAAAACAAAGAUACAUUGAAUUCAUCCCAAUAGACACCACCAAACCACUAACCGAACAAGGUCCAUUUGAUUGCAUAAUUCACAAACUAUACGGUCAUGAAUGGAACCACAACCUCGAACACUUCUUCAACACCAACCCUAACGCCACCAUCAUCGACCGCCCCUCGGCCAUCCAACGCCUCCACAACCGCAUCUCAAUGCUCGAACCAAUCGCCCAACUCAACAUCCCCAACAUCAACAUCCCAAGCCAACUUCUCAUUCAAGAUUUAGACUCUUUCAAAAACAUUCAAACCGCGGACCAAACUAUUUAUACAACUAACCAAACAUUAACUAGAUUAACAUUUCCACUUAUAGCAAAGCCUUUGUUGGCUGAUGGGUCCACCAACGCACACAACAUGUCAUUAGUACUUAACCAUGCAGGGUUAACCAAAGGGCUCAAACUAGACCCACCCAUGGUGCUUCAACAGUUUGUUAACCAUGGUGGUGUAAUCUUUAAGGUUUACGUAGCCGGGGAGUAUGUAAAGUGUGUGAAAAGGAGCUCGUUACCGGAUGUUUCAAGCGAGAUGAUGGAGAAGAUGGAAUUGGAAUAUCCCGGUGGAGUUAUGAGUUUUUCUCAGAUUUCAAGUGCUGUGAUUGCUGGUGAUGAUGCAUGGGAUGGUGAUAAAAAGUCCGAGAAGCCGAAAAUGCCGGAACCGGAGUUUGUUGUUGAGGUGGCUAAUGGAUUGAGAGAGGCUCUUGGGUUGCAUCUUUUUAACUUUGAUAUGAUUAAGGAUGAUAAGAGUGAUGGGUAUCUUGUGGUUGAUAUAAAUUACUUUCCGGGUUAUGAGAAGUUACCAUUAUAUGAAUCUGUGAUGGUUGAUUUCUUCUUGGAUGUAAAGAAAUCACAGGAAGAAAAGAAGAAGAUGAGGGAGAAUGAGAACAAGAAUGUUGAUGAUCAUGACCCAACACAAGCUUAG